AUGCAUCUCACAAUUUUAGCAAAUAUUUAUUCAGAAAAAUUAACUUGCAAAGUUGAAUUUGCACUUCUAAUGCAUUGUCCAUCAAUUUCUGAGAGUGUUUUAUCAGCGCAUGAACAACGUUGGACACAUUUUACAGCCACGAUUGAAGCUAUUGCUUUCCGUUGCAUUGUGCGGAAUAUCAUAUUUUUACCACAAGCGAUGUCAGUCGAUAAGCAUCCAAAAUCAUCGAAAAUUUGGCCAAGUUCAAAAACUUUCACUUGCGAAACAUCGGCAAUAGAAUAUUGUAAGAUUGCCUAA